GUUUUUCAGUUCAAAAUGGGGAAACUAGACGUAGCAAUUUUACGUUAUCUGAGGGAGGACUUCCGCGUAUUAACUGCGGUGGAAAUGGGUAUGAAGAACCACGAGCUGGUGCCAGGUUCGCUUGUGGCGUCCAUUGCGAAUCUCCGUCACGGCGGAGUCCACAAACUAAUGAAGGAGUUGUGUAAACAUAGGCUGCUGACGUACGAGCGAGGAAAACACUAUGAUGGUUACCGCCUCACCAAUGCCGGCUACGACUACCUCGCACUCAAGGCACUGACAAACAGGAAGGUGAUUGCCUCGUUUGGCAACCAGAUAGGCGUGGGCAAAGAGUCCAACAUUUACACUGUGGCUGAUGAAGAUCAUAAUCCUCUGUGCUUGAAAUUGCAUAGACUGGGCCGCACAUGCUUCCGCAACGUCAAAGACAAGCGUGACUACCACGCGCAUCGCCACCGCGCCUCCUGGCUGUAUUUAUCGCGCAUCUCUGCCACCAAGGAAUUCGCGUACAUGAAAGCGCUGUACGAGCGCGGGUUCCCCGUGCCCCGUCCUGUGGACUUCAACCGACACUGUGUCGUCAUGGACCUCGUGCGAGGAGGACCUCUCACGCAAGUCCGCUCCGUGCCCGACGUCCCAGCCCUCUACGACGAGUUGAUGUCCCUUAUCGUGCGCCUGGGCAACUGCGGAGUCAUCCACGGAGACUUCAACGAGUUCAACCUCAUGAUCGACGAGGAAGGGAAACCGAUCAUCAUUGAUUUCCCACAGAUGGUGUCUACUGAGCAUUUUAAUGCUGAACUCUACUUCGACCGCGACGUCCGCUGCGUUCGAGACUUCUUUAAAAAGCGUUUUGGCUACGAGAGCAGCCUGUAUCCUCGAUUCAGUGACCUGGAGCGAGAGCACGACCUGGACAAGGAGGUGGCGUGCUCCGGCUUCAAGCGCGCUAAGGAUGUCGACGAUGAGCUGUUGGAGGAGCUAGGCAUUGGUCUGCAAGUGAGCGACGACGAAGAUUCUGAAGAAGACGCACAGGACAUAAAAGACUCGGAUGGCACAAAAGACACCGCACAUGACAACAAGAAAUACACAGAAGAAGAACUAGCCGCGCUUAGGAAACAGGUCGAUGAUUCCAUCCAAAACGACGAAAAAUCUAUACAACACCUCACCCACAAAACAGUAUCCGUAGAAAUCCAAGAUGAGCCUCCACAACUGAUCUCAGUCCCAGACCACAAGCUCACUGAAGAGAAUCACACAGAAGAAGAAGAUAAGAUCACAGAACUUGAUAGGAACUCCCAGAAGUAUCGCCUAGCUAUGGUGGAAAAGGCGUUGUCGGAUGUUAGGUCUAUGAGGUCGUAUACGUCGGCUAGCACGAUAGCGCCAGAGGUGGUGAAACAACAGGUAAAGAAGCAUCUAGAAAGCAGACAGAAGAGGAUGGACAGGAAGAAAGUCAUAGCCAAGGGCGAGGCGAGCGCGGUCACACGCCAGAGACGCGAGAACAGGGAGACGGUCAGGGACAGCCACGGCAUCUGGGGCUGGGCGGAGUAACCGUUAAUAUAUCUAUGUUGUGUA